AUGGGUGAUCGUCAUUUUCUUCCUUUUACCAGCAUCCUUUUUCUAUGACAUCUACUACUACACCCGAUCAUGGCUCAUCUUCAAGCUCAGCUCUGCACCUCAGCAACAUGACAAGAAAGUGAAAGCUGUGCAGAAACAGGUACGUGAAUGGUGCAAAGGAGAUCAGAAUGUUCACAUGUGCACAGCGCGACCUGGCUGGCAGACGAUCAGCUUUCGGGAGGGAGCGUAUAAAAAGACAUUCCACAAAGUUGCCAUUAAUAUGGUCGACAUACUAGAGAUUGAUACAGAUAAAAAGACUGUGCGAUGUGAGCCAAUGGUAACCAUGGGACAGUUGACCCAUACUCUUGUUGAACUUGGAUGGACUAUUCCCGUUCUUCCAGAAAUGGAUGACCUGACUGUUGGUGGCUUGGUAAUGGGGACAGGCAUCGAAAGCUCUUCACACAAAAUUGGACUUUUCCAGCACAUGUGCGUGUCAUUUGAGCUAGUUGUUGCUGACGGAUCAGUUGUAACAUGCUCUAAGACUGAAAAUCCUGACUUAUUUUACUCUGUCCCUUGGUCAUAUGGGACACUGGGCUUCCUUACAGCUGUGGAAAUUGAUAUUGUCCCAGCUAAAAGAUUUGUGCGUGUUGAGUACAAGCCAUGUCAUUCCCUGGAUAACCUAGUACAGACCUUUACAGAGGAAACAAACAAGAUAGAUGGUAAUCAGUUUGUUGAAGGUCUCAUGUACUCUCUAAACUCGGGGGUUGUUAUGACCUGUAAUAUGGCAACUUCUGCUGAACCAGGAAAGCUCAACCCUAUUGGAAAAUGGUACAAGCCUUGGUUCUUCAAGCAUGUUCAGACCUUCUUAGAAAAGGAUUUGCAAGGAGUAGAGUACAUCCCCCUUAGGGAUUAUUACCAUCGACACACAAGAUCAAUCUUUUGGGAAAUACAGGAUAUCAUUCCCUUUGGGAAUAACGUAAUCUUCCGUUACCUGCUUGGGUGGCUGGUGCCCCCAAAAGUGUCACUGCUCAAAUUGACCCAGGGACAAACGGUCAAGGAACUGUAUGAGAAAAAUCAUUUCAUCCAGGACAUGUUGGUUCCUCUUUCCACCAUGAGAGAUGCACUGGAAGUGUUUGAGAAAGAAGUCAAGAUUUAUCCCAUUUGGCUGUGCCCUUUUAAACUACCACCCAACCCAGGCAUGCUGCAUCCACCAAAUGAUGCUGAAACUCUUUUUGUCGACAUUGGCACUUAUGGAGUGCCAAAAGUGAACAAUUUUGAACCUGUUGCCACAACACGUCGCAUUGAAGAAUUUGUCAGGAAGGUUAAAGGAUUCCAAAUGAUGUAUGCGGACUCUUACAUGACUCGUGAGGAAUAUCGGCAGAUGUUCGACCACACCCUGUAUGACCAGGUGCGGAAGAGCUUAAACUGUGAGAAAGCUUUUCCUGAGGUUUAUGACAAAGUUAGCAGAAAAGCUCGCAUUUAAAGUGUACUGAAAAUGUUCAGUGCACUAAAAAGUUUCAACAAGGAAAGUGUUUUGUAAUAGAAAAAUAAAUAAAUAAACAAGUAUUUCAAGGCCAACAUUACAAUUAGUCUUUUUAUGAAAUGAUAUAUGCGGAUAAAGCACAACAAAUUAUCUGAUAUUUCAUAUACUUGACGAUAGAUUUUUUGAGGAAAAAUGUAUUUCUGGUUGAUGUAAAAUAUUUAUAAAUAUGGGAGUGAUAUCUGAAGAGGGUUAACCCAUUCUGGUUAAUUUUCAGCAAGAUGUUAUGUACUAUAUACUUUACAUAGACAGAAGGGUCAAAGGUUGUAUUGUAAUUUCUCACGAAUUAAACCGACAAGAUGUUUUCUACAAGGAAGCUCAUCACAGUAAAGAAAAGCCAACUACAGUUAUAGUUAAUAUUUCAAAGACAGGCUAACUUUAAGUGUAAUUGGGAAAAUAAUUUUGAACUCUAGUACUUUACAAAAACUUAUUAAUGAAAUACUCUGGAAACCAUUUAUUACAUUAUCCUGCAAUUUAUUUUGCACUUAAAGAUAAGAAUUCUUUACAUAUAGAAUGUUGUUUAUUUUUCAUCUCUAGGUUGAGAAAAAUAUGAAAAUCUUUGAUUACAUAAAAUAAACUAAUGAAUGUGUACAAAUUUUAUGCCUAUAUUUCAAUCUCAUUUCCCUUUAUGAUAUGGUUAUGAGUCUCCCUGUUGCAUUUCAGACUGAAAAUCCUGGCUUAUUUUUACUCUGUCCCUUGGUCACAUGGGACACUGGGCUUCCUUACUAGAAAUUUCAAUAUCUCAUUACCAUUUUAACUCCCUAGAUAUACAGUUUUUGUCUUUUAUGUCAGGUGUAUCAUUAUGCUUCCUCAAAAAUCCAAACAACAAGAA